AUGGCGGGGCCGGCUCAGGAGGAGCUGGAGGCCCUGGCGGCGAUCUACUGCGGGCCCGGCGAGUGGGAGGUGCUCAGCCGCUCAGAGUCAGACGGCCCCGUUUUCCGAAUUCUCACGAAAGCCGAAGGACCGACGGAUGCGGAUAUACCCUUAGAACUGGUGUUCCACUUGCCAGUCGGUUACCCGUCAUGCCUGCCUGGGGUGUCCGUCAGCUCCGAGCACCUGACCAGGGCCCAGCGUGUGGCUGUGAGGGACACGUUACUCGAGCAAGCACGGAGCCUUCUGUCGGAACCGAUGGUCCACCAGCUGGUUCUCUGGGUCCAGCAGAACCUCAGGCACAUCCUUGCCCAGCCAGGAUUGGGAGGUGGCCCUGGAAAGUGUCCUGCAGCGAGCAUAGCAGGGGACGAGGGGCCGUGGAUGACCCUCCUGCAUUUGGAUCACAUGAGAGCAAAGAACAAAUACGUGAAAACCGUGUUGCGGUGGGCUUCCGAUUUGGGGCUGACGGGAAGACUGAUGUUCAUGGGCAAAGUCAUCCUGAUUUUACUGCAGGGACACAGAGACACCAUCAAGGAGUAUCUGGUGCUUCAGAAAACCUCCAAAGUCGACGUGGACUCGAGUGGGAAGAAGUGCAGAGAGAAGAUGGUCAGCGUGCUCUGUGAAUCGAAGGUGCAGCCAGAACACACGAGGUUCCGGGCAUUCGAAGUCAAAGAGUUUUCGUCGCUGGAUGAGUUACAGAAGGAAUUUGAAACUGCAGGACUUGGGACACUGUUCCUCGAGUUUGUCCUUGGCCUUGUAAAAUGAAAUGGAAGACAGAAUUUUUUGGAAAAUAGCUUUGUUUCUGGACUUUGUUGUUGUUUGCAUUGAAUUUGGGGGUGGAGGACUGAAAUAACUCCUAAAGGACUGAUGUACGGUUUCCGUGGAGCAAGGCGCAGAUGGACACUCACUCCAGGAUGAAACCCGCUCUGCGGCGGGUGUUAGACGGUGAAAGCAGCUGUGUGUUCUGAUUUUGGCAGCAAAGGCUGGGCUCAGCGGAUGGAACAUUCUUUGCAAGGCGACUGUAAGAAGAUGAUGGUAAGGGCGCCCUUGUGUUCAUGUGGAGGGUUUUUUUUGCAAUUGUGCAAAAUUCUGGCUAAUUCUCUUGUAAU